AUGGCAUCCACUACCUUGCCCAAGACGAUGCUCGCAUGGCAAAGGCAUCUCCCCAGCACGGAGCUGCUUCGCCUAGAGGUGCCAGUUCCGACGCCAACGGGCGACGAAAUUUUAGUCAAGAUCCUGGCUGCUGGCGUCUGUCACAGUGACUACGCGUUGAAGCACAUGGAAAAGCUACCUUCGGAAUUUCUGAAGUGGAAACCCAAUUUCACCAUGGGUCACGAAGGUGCCGGCGAAGUCGUGGCAACGGGGCCAGCAGCGAAGGAUUUCAAGGUUGGCGACAAAGUCGUGGUCAUGUGUGUCCCCGGAUGCGGCGACAGCUUGACAUGCCCCGAAUGCUCAAGAGGCGUACCACAGAUCUGCCAUCAAAGUCCUCAUUUUGGUGGCGGCCACGACGGCUUUUUCGCCGACUACACGGUGGUUCCCGAGCGAGCAGCAGUCUUGCUGCCGACCGGGGUGACCUUCGAAGCCGGUGCAGUGGCUACUGAUGCUUGUAUGACCGCGCAUCAUGCCGUUGUGGACCGCGCAGGAGCCGAAAAGGGCCAGACGUUAUUGAUCAUAGGAUUAGGUGGGCUGGGGUUCAAUGCUUUGCAAAUCGCCUUGAGCAAGAGCGCCCGAGUUGUCGUGAUGGACCAACGACAGGCCGUACUGGACGCAGCAGAAGCAUUAGGUGUGCCUAAGGAGGACAUCGUGCCAGCGUCUGCACCUAAUCCGAGCCAGUGGCUUCGGGACCACGCAAUUGAUGUUGAUACCGUCAUUGAUUUCUGCGGCUUGAAACAGACAUUCGAGACCGCCGUGGCAAGCGUUCGCAAGGCAGGGACUAUAAUUGUUGUCGGUCUUCUUAGCCCGGAAAUAUCGUUGGCAACAGGCACAAUUGUCCGGAAGCAACUCAGCAUCUUGGGAAGCUAUGGAGGUACGAUUGACAAUAUUAAAGACUGCCUCAAUCUCAUCCAGAACGGGGCACUUGUCCCACAGAUUUCCAGAGGGAAGAUGAAAGACUUCCCUACCAUUCUGGACGACCUUCACGCCGGCAAAAUUGUAGGUAGAAUGGUGAUGCUCCCCGAAUGGUGA